GAGCCCGUUUACACGAUCAGAUCGAGGAUGCGAGCGAUCUCCCCCCACGACCUUUCACCUGAUGCGAUCGGAAAUCAAAAUCCUUGCGACGCAAGCAAACGCAACUUCUCCUUCCCCUCGUCUUCUUUUCCUCGUCAGAUCUAGGAAGCGGCAUAAGGAUCGGAAGGGCAAGCGAAGAACGGUUGUUCAAGCCGUGCUAAAGUUAAGCACUUCAUGGCAAAAAUUAAACCACAAGCACUGCUACUUCAGAGUAAAAAGAAGAAGGCACCAUCCCGAAUAAGUCUUAGUACCAUCAUUAUUUGCAACAUCAUUAUUGUUCUGGUCAUACUAUCCUUGUAUGCUACUUAUAGGCAUUGGCAUUACAGGCUAAGCAAUGGAAUUGGCACUGGGAUGGAAGAUAUUGAGCAUCUAGAAACAUUUGGAGAAUCAACAAGAUCUGGUCUACCUAAUUAUGCUAUUCUGAUUACUGGAAAGGGUCCAAUAACUAUUGAACUUGACAAGGAUUCCUCUCGUGAUGUCGUAGAUAAGUUUGUUAAUUUGUGCCAGAAAGGCUACUUCAAAGGAAUGCUUUUCAAUCAUGUAAUAAAAAAUUAUAUAAUUCAAGGAGGGCAUUCACAGAAGGCUGGAGCUGCAGUAGAGUGGAUACUGAAAGGGAAAUCGCAGCACCAGCUUGCUACAAGUGGAAAGCACGAGACCUUUGUGCUUGGAACUGGAAAGCCUACCAAGGACAAUAAAGAAUUUGAGCUCUUUAUAACGACAGCAGCAAUCUCUGACCUAAAUGACAAACUUAUUAUUUUUGGACGGGUUAUCAAGGGCGAAGAAGUUGUACAGGAAAUUGAGAAAGUCGAUACUGACCAACGCUAUCAGCCUAAGUCACCAGUCGGCAUCACCAAUGUCAUUCUGAAGCAGGAAGCUUAAAGCAAAAUUAAGCGUGUUCCUCUUCGGUUCAGUUUGGAAUUUGACAAUGCCUCACAUCUCACUGCUCAGCAAGUUUUGGCAUCAAUAGCUCAAUGUGGAUAGUAUCAGGCUUUAUGUUGUAUUAGUAGUUCUUUGAAUGGGUCUUUCAGAGACUUUCCCAAUUAUACACGGAUUUUGUUGCCUCAGUAUUUGCAUCCAAGAAAUUGGACCCUCUGAUGUUCGGUAUGUGUAUUGAAUUUUUAUCAUUUGUUGCUUUUAGAAAUGUAACAAUUUUUUGUACUUUGUUCGGUA